GUGAGUAUGCGAGCGUGUGUGUGUGUGUGUGUGUGUGUGUGUGUGCGGGAAGGCACAGAAGCUGCAGCCCUGCCUAUUAUUCCCGUUGACGUCCCUCCCUCCGGCUCUUGUCACGGUCGCCAGUUCUUUUCCGAGGGAUGCUGUUUUUUUUUAAUAGUUCAAUGAAUAUGUUUCUGACACAGGAAACAUGUUUGUUUUGAUUUCCAUGCGGCUAAGCUAAUUGAGUUGUAGCGCAUGUAAUUCUUUCUCUUUUUUAAAGCGAAGCCACGGCUAUGGGUUUUAUAAUACGAGAAGGUCACUGUACAUCCGUCGGUUCUUUAUCGGCAGUUUUGCCCCCCAGUCAUUGAUUUCUCCGGGCCUUGUGUUCCUCCACGGGGAGAGAUGUUGAUCGGUACUUCUGGUGCUGUUACUUUUUGCCAGGGAGCGCUUGAUUUCGGACGCAUCGGCGUCUUUGUCCACCUAAAUACAUUUUCUUAACUCCGCGUCCAUGGUCGAAGCGGGUCCUCCUUGUGCGUUUUUGUCUCCAUCGAUGUUGUUCACAUCGGUUCAACACUCAACUAUGUAGCUUCCCCUUUCUCUGAAGGUACUUGAAAAGCUGUCUGAAUAAUAGCAACCGAAAUGGUACGAUAACGACUGGGAAACGAAACCUAUCGGUAGGUUUGUAAUUUAUUUAUUAUUAUUAUUCCAAGAUGAGACUACAACGGUCUGGGAAGCCUCUCUCCCACCGACACCGGGCAGCCAUGAAGUGGAUAUAACGCCAAUGUAUAGCCGGUUGCACCGCUCUUUUCGCUGCAUCACUUCUCGGUGAUCGCUGUCGCUUUUAUCCAACACGAUGAUGGAGAUUGUUUUACAAGAAACCCACCAAUAGCUCAUUUUUAAAACCCCGGUUUCAACCGGCGAAGAGAGGCAUAUUUUGCCCCCAGGAACAGCGACAGCCUGCUUGGCAAGACUGCUGCUGCUCUGCGGCCAAAGCCAACUCUAUAUCCAGGGUGCUGUCCUAAUCCCGGGAAAAACAUCCGAUCCUAACCGACCAGAGACGGUGAAGAUCACUCAGGGACAAUGUCUUCACGCACAGCACUGCCCGGUAUCGAGCGGACCUCGGAUCAUCAUAGCUCCUUGUCGGCCAGCCGCUCAGAGAAGAGCACCGGUUGGUCGAGCCGGUCGCUGGGCGCCAGAUGUCGGAACUCCAUUGCGCUGUGCUCCGACGAGCAGCCGCACAUCGGGAACUACCGGCUGCUCAAGACCAUCGGCAAGGGCAACUUUGCCAAGGUCAAGCUGGCCCGCCACAUCCUGACGGGCAGAGAGGUCGCAAUAAAGAUCAUCGAUAAAACCCAGCUCAACCCGACCAGCCUACAGAAGCUGUUUCGAGAGGUCCGCAUCAUGAAAACACUCAACCACCCCAACAUAGUGCAACUGUUUGAGGUGAUUGAGACGGAGAAGACUCUGUACCUCAUAAUGGAGUACGCGAGCGGAGGCGAGGUGUUUGACUACCUCGUGUCUCACGGGAGGAUGAAGGAAAAGGAGGCCAGAGCCAAGUUCAGACAAAUUGUGUCAGCUGUCCACUACUGCCAUCAGAAGCACAUCGUCCACAGAGACCUGAAGGCUGAGAACCUCCUCCUGGACGCCGACUCCAACAUCAAGAUCGCCGACUUCGGCUUCAGCAACGAGUUCACGAUGGGCAGCAAGCUGGACACCUUCUGCGGCUCCCCGCCCUACGCCGCCCCGGAGCUCUUCCAGGGCAAGAAGUACGACGGCCCCGAGGUCGACAUCUGGAGCCUGGGGGUCAUCCUGUACACGCUGGUCAGCGGCUCGCUGCCCUUCGACGGGCAGAACCUCAAGGAGCUGAGGGAGCGGGUCUUGCGGGGGAAAUACCGCGUCCCCUUCUACAUGUCUACCGAUUGCGAGGGAAUCCUGCGCCGUUUCCUGGUACUCAACCCCACCAAACGCUGCACCCUAGAGCAAAUCAUGAAGGACAAGUGGAUGAAUGUGGGCUAUGAGGGAGAUGACCUGUUACCUCACAUAGAGCCUGUUGAGGACUACAACAUCACCAGUCGCAUCGAGGUGAUGGUGGGCAUGGGCUACUCCCGGGACGAGAUCAAAGACGCGCUGACCACCCAGAAGUACAACGAGGUCACCGCCACCUACCUGCUGCUGGGGCGCAAGUCUGAGACUGAGGGGGGUGAUUCUCGCUCUGCCAGCUGUCUCAGUCUGUCCCGGGUGCGUCCCGGCAGCACCAUUACCAACGGGACCAGCAAGCACUCCUCCUCAUCAUCGACGGGACCGGCCUCUUCCUCGUCCUCGGCCCACAAGGCCCAGCGCAGCGCCUCCACCUACCAGAGGCAGAGACGCCACUCUGACUUCUGUGGUCCGGCAGCACCGGGCUCCGCCCAUCCCAAGAGAAGUCCUAGCGGCGUCGGCGAGGGGGCGGGGCUUAAGGAGGAGCGCAUGUCCAUCCGCAAGGCCAGCACUAACACGGUUGGCUCUCGUAGCAUCCCCACCCCCUCCAGCCCGAUGGUGAGCUCCGCCCACAACCCAAAUAAGGCAGAGAUCCCCGAUCGCAGGAAGGAAGUCAACGCAACCACGAACAACAUCCCGGCCAGCGCCAUGACCCGCAGGAACACGUACGUGUGCACGGACCGCAACAGCACCGAGCGGAGCUCCCUGCUGCAGAACGGGAAGGAGAACAGCGCCGUCUCCCACCGCCUCCCGCCCGCCUCCCCCUCCACCCACAGCAUCGCCGGGGCGUCCGGAGCCUCCUCCACCGCCUCCACCCCCACAUCCCGGCUGGCCAGAGGCACGUCCGUCCGGAGCACCUUCCACGGGGGGCAGAUCCGGGACCGCCGUCCUCCCUCCCACGUGCCCCCGGUCUCCCCCACGCUGUCCCACGACGCCACCCCCCUCCCCCACGCGCGCACCCGCGCCACCACCAACCUGUUCAGCAAGCUCACCUCCAAGCUGACUCGCAGGGUCACAGACGAACCUGAGAGAAUCAGCAGAUCUCCGGUCUCAAGUCGCCAUCUACCUGGGCAUCAGAAGGCGCUGGAGCCCCGGGCCCCCCGAUGCGGCUGGGAUGUGAGGGUUCGGAGCCAGCGGGACCCGGCCGAGGUGGUGCUGGCGCUGCGCGAGGCGGCCCAGAGCUGCGGCUGCCAGGUCCACCAGGCCGGCCCCUUCCUGCUGUCCUGCACGCACGGCGCGGCCGGCGCCCGCGUGGCCUUCGAGGCCGAGGUGUGCCAGCUGCCCGGCGCCAGGGGCCCCCCCGGGGCCUCCGCCGCCCCCGCCGGUGCCCUCGCCGCCGUCCCCGCGCAGAGCAGCGGCGUGCGCUUCAAGCGCCUGUGGGGCGCGCCGCUCGCCUUCAGAGACAUCGCCACCAAAGUGUCUAAGGAGCUGGAGCUCUGA